CUGAUGCCUUCCUGUUCGUCACCUUUAUUGACAGGCGCGCUUAUUGCGUUGCGUCUGUCUCUUUUUUUGUGAUAUCGUAAACUAAAAAUGUUAAUUUUAUGUACAAAUUGGCAUCGUUAAUCUUCACUCGAUGUCGUUCUCUAUCGUGAAUUAAAUAUUUUAUUUUAUUUAAGUAGAACAAGUGUAUGUAAAGGUUGCGUGCGGGAGUCGAAAUCAGGAUCAAGGUGUGAAUACAAUGGAUGAAUCGUUAUAUUUUGUAUUGCUGUAGAACAAGGUAAUAUCUAUAUUCGUAUAAGACAAAAGGCACGCAGUGGCUUCGUCCUUCGCACAUUAGAGUCAUCAUUUACUAAGUGUUGCAGAGGUGAUUAUCGAAUCUAAUGCAAACAGUGCAUGUAAGUAUUGUGCGGUGCGCGGCCGACGCUAUCGUAGAACAUACAUACCUCACGUUGUAUUCAAGCGACGCCUGUACUAAUUCGUUCUUCCUUGGUGGUGGUUAUUCUUGCUUGCCCCUGUAACAUUUUUCACAUAUUGAUAUGAAUUCUCACUAAUGAAUCCCAGUGUUCAUAAUGGCUAAUGUUAAAAAAAAAAUAAAGGCGUCUAAAAAGGCCUCAUCUAAAAGUACUGAUAAAAAUAGUCGAUCGCCAACAGGUAUAAAUGGUGGGACUAAUUCUCACGUAGUUAUGAAAAGACCCUCAAAUGAAGAGAACUUGGAUGAAGAAGACAAAUUCCGAUUAUUAGUUAAGAAUGGUUACCUUCUUAAAGAUAAAUUCACGAAAAAAUCUAAACCUGAAUGUAAAGCUGACUUUGAUGUAGUUAAAAGUGGAUUAAUGUCAAAAAGUGGACGAAUCAAAGUCAAAAAGAAAGUUCAUUUGAAGUUUCUUGAUAAUAUAUUAAAAAGUGAAUUAAAGAUUCAGGACAGUCAACCAAAGAUACAGAAACCAAAAGAAAAGACGUCAAAAACAUCAAUAUCUACAGUGAUUAAUAACAAUGAAAGUGGUUUGAGUAACCAAAAUAAAAAACCUAAUAAAGAAAGUAAAGGUAGUGUGAAGAAAAAACAUAAGAAAAAGGCAUCUAAGACUGAAGACAGACAGACGGAAUGUUUAGAAAGAGAACUGGGACUAUCAUGGAUGGCAAAACAAUGUCUUACUUACAGCACCAAUCCAAAGCGGAGAGUGUUUCAAUGUGAUUACUGUAAGAAAUUCUUCAUUAAUAAAACCUCUAUGCGCAGACAUAUUUAUGUUCAUCUUAAAGUGAUUCCAUACGCUUGUAAAUAUUGUUACAAGCGGUUUUAUAUGAAAGAGAAUAUGAUGACUCAUAUGAAACUGCAGCACUCUAGGGGUAUGAAAAUUGCCAAUCAUUAUAUUUGUGCCGUUUGCGAGGAACCAUUCUUGUUAAAAGAGAAAUUGGAUGAGCACAUGAUGAUACAUGUUAAAAAUGAAAAGUUAAUCAAAUGUAUAUUUUGCAAUAAGCAAUUUCCACAUCCCAUACUAUUGCAUGAACAUGAAAAGGAACACCUGAUUACAGGCAAAUACAAAUGUACUGUCUGUGAAAUGAGCUAUGAUAGCAGAAGCAAUCUAGCUCUACACAUUAAAGGUCAUUUAAAAUUAAAAGAUUAUAUAUGCCAGCAUUGCGGUAAAGAGUUCCUAAGACUUACAUCAUUGAGAAGACAUGUUCAAAUUUGCCAUGCGGGGAUAUUAAUACAGUGUCCAAUUUGUAAGAAAAAACUCAAGGGACAUUUAACAGAGCAUUUACGCACACAUGAAAAGAAACGUCCCCAUAAGUGUCCGGAAUGUGGUCAACGCUUUACACAGUCUACACAGUUGAAUGUGCACCGCAGAUGUCAUACUGGAGAUAGACCAUAUCCUUGCAGGAUCUGUGAUCGUCCAUUUACACAUUCUAAUGCUUUAAUGCUUCAUAUCAGGCGUCAUACGGGUGAGAAACCUUUUAAAUGUGCGAUGUGCCCACUCUAUUUUUCUCAAUUACCACAUAUGAAGGCACAUAUGAGAAAUAUUCAUGGUAAUAACCUACCAUACAAGUGUGAGAAAUGUUCACAAUUCUUUAAGUUGAAAGCCCAUUUAGCAACACACGCUAAGACAUGCAUGUUGGAUGGAACAGAGCAGACUCCUGUGCAAGAUGAUGAUUCAAUUCCGAAGUAUGAUAUUGAAGUUGAAUCUAUUAUGAGUUUAUCAAGAAUGAGGUUCUUGCUGGCUCUUCUCUUCACCAUGAUUGCGAGUAAAGAAAAACUAAAGUAUUUAGGGUUUAACAAGCGCCUGAUUGAUGAUCUCCUCAUUGAAUCAUUGGAGGCAAUGGGGCAUACACCAUGUAGAGAUGAAUCCUUAUCCCCACUUAAACGUCUUCGGAACAACAUAGACACAUUAUUAAAAGGUACAGUCCCAAAAGAGAAGAUGGACAAGUUUGAAAAAGAGAACAAGACAACCGAGGAACUCCUAGAAUUACUAACUAAUGAAAAGAAAGUACACUAAAAACGAUUGAGGCAUAAAUUAACUUUUUAUGCUUAAUCUAGGAAAAAAUUGAGACAAAAGGGACUCUUGAAGUUCCUUGACUGGGAUAAGUUCCCUCAGUUUUGUCAUUUUUAAUACAAAAUGACAUUUUGUAAAUCGUUUCACGAUUAGAUGUCACGGGGUCUAUCACGAAUAUUUGCGUAUCAGUUGCGAGAACGUAUUCGUAACGUGAUCUAUAAAAUCUGGUAUGAGAUUUGUUGGUAUAAUAUACGCUCAGGAAUGGUACAAUACAAAUUUUGUCGAUAACGUUACGAAAAAUUUUCUCACGGAUAUUCGUGAUAAGCUACAUUGUUUAUAAAUCUGGUAUAGGUUUUUGUUUGAAGUAGAAAUUAUUAUUCUAUUUAGCACUAUUUAUGUUUUACACAAUUAUUGUAUUUCAUGUUAUAACAUCACAGAAUCGUUAUAUAGAUAAAUUAUUUUUAAAUAAUUUUUAUUUUCAUUAAGUAUUGGUAACCCAAAGAUCAUGUAAUUUAUAUAAAAAAAUAACCAAAAUUACAAAUUGUAACUUGCCAUUGAAAACUAAAGUGAUUAGUCCAAAGUUUUUAAUUGUUAUUUAUUUUAAACAUUAUUAUUUAAUAUGAUUUACUAAAUAUAAAAUGUUAUUUUUUUCUUAUGGCGUGAUUGAUAAGUAGGUUUAAUGUUUGUUUGAUUUUAUAAAAUUGGAGAAGGUAUAUUUUAAUUUCUUCCAUUAUUUAAAACAUUGUUGAAUGUACUAUGUUUUGUGCCAUUGUUUCAACAAUUUUAUGUACCUAUUUAUUACAUAAGUGUUUGGCUGUCCUAUACAUUUUUGUGUCAGAUAUAAUUUUUUUUGUCAUAUCAGCACAAUAUACAUACAAUCUUGGUCUAAUCCUAAGGGCUGAGGUAUGAAAUGUUGAACAAGUGUUUCAACUACAAUAGCGCCAUAAUUAGUCAAAUGCAUGCUUUUAAUAUGAAAAAAAUCACCUCAAUGUUAUAUUGCAAGAUCACAUUUUAAUGAAAAAAAAAAAUGUUUUAAACAAGUAUUUCAAAUAGUGUGAACUCAUAAUUGUACACUUUGAAUUGUUUUAGGUGCCAUUAUUGUUCUCUGUGUGAUUGAUGUUUAUAAUAGUAGGAAAUAAGUAAUCUCUAAGGUAAAUGUAUUUUAAAAUAUUUACGUACAGUGUUAUCGUAAUUUUGUAACACUUUGGUACAUAGAAACAUUAUAAUGAUAAUGCAAAAUUAUUCAUUUUUAAGUCAAACUUUUAAUGUAAAGUCAAGUUUGUUAUUUUUUACACUGCCAAAUCAGCUGUAAUAUGGUUUAUUCAUUUUUAAAAUUUGUUUUCAGUUUUAAACAUAUGAGUUGGUUUUACAUCCUAAAAUUAUCUGUGUGAUUGGAUAACAGUAUUAUCGUCUGAAGGAAGUUAUCUAUUAAAUUUCUAUUCAAUGUUCAUAAUGUUCAUUGUUAAUUUAAAAAAUAAAGCAAUUUCUAUGUACCUAAAUUAACAUUUCAUUAAGUACUAAAUACUAACGACAAUAUUACGAAAUAUCAAUCAAUACUAGCAUAAAUUACCAAAGAUAAUUAUUAAUAAACGUCAUAAAACGUA